AUUUUUUCUCCUCUUUUAUUCCUGUUGCGAAAUUUAAUCUUUUUAUAUUGAUCACCAAAACAUGGCAAAAAGUGUCCGUGCCAGUGUUUCUAAGCGCAAUAAGGCGAAGCUGCGUGCGACAGUAUUUGGGCCCGUGGUGGAUGCACGCACAGAGAGAUUGUCUGCCAAGCUACAGGAGUUGGCAGCCCAACCGAAACCAAGCGAUCAAGAAAAGUCGAAGAUGAGCAUGGAUGUUACAGAAUCAGACGCACAGAAUAGCAGCGCGAAAACGAACCCAGCAGAAAGCGGUGACGAUAUGGAUGUCGAUAACGGAACCCUCAAGAACAAUGCCGGUCGUUCCCAACGGUCAGGGCGCAUUCAAAAGCGCCGUGGGAAAAGUCGUUCUUCUAUUGUUUUCCGACCCCAUCCAUCGAAAACCAAAAAGUUCUCGAAGAAGAAAUAGAAAAUUCUUUGUUUUGUCCAGUUAUGCAAUUAGGAGAAGACGGCGUUCAAACUAACGGCAUUGGAUUGGGUAUUAUCGAUUUUUUGUUCAUUUUAUGGUUGGGAAGAAAAUGAAUUAUCAGCGGCUCAGCCAUGCGGAUGUAGUCCCUAUAUCUCGAGGAUCAGCGACUUCGAAAGAAGGAGAUCGGCUUCUCAAAACGGUGAAACGAUCAUCAAGGAACAUUGAAAGGGGGCAUCGCAGCCAUACAGAAUAAGAUCCUUCAAAUAACUCACGCCAUGCCUUUGAUACCCCAUAUCGAAAUUCGGAUAAGAUAAAGAUAUCGUCUUAAAUUCAAUUAAAAACAAACCACCCGUCACUGAUGU